AUGACAAGUUCGAUGCCUCCUUUGCCGGAGGAGAGCAAACCUCCUGUCGAGAAGAAGAGACUCAUUAUUGUCGGUUUAGGUAUGGUUGGACUCUCGUUCCUUGAAAAGCUUCUCUUGAACGAUUCCAAGUUGGACGAAUUCACCAUUUCGGUUUAUGGUGAAGAACCUUACCUUGCUUACAAUAGAGUUGGACUUACCGAAUACUUUCAGCACCGCAACUUCAAUAAUCUGCUGUUGUCCCCUGAGGAGUUCUACCAAACCAGAGAUCAAAAGUGGAAUUACGUUAUUGACGAAAAAGUGACAGAUAUUGAUCGGGAACGAAAGACCAUUAGCACAAGCAAAGGCAAGACCGCUAAUUACGAUUUUUUAGUCUUGUGUACUGGAUCAACGGCUAUCUUACCAAUCGGAAUGCUGCCCCCACCGACCUCGAAGACCUACAAAGAGAUGGGUUGUUUUGUUUACCGUACUAUUGACGAUCUUUAUGCCAUGGUUGACUUUUGUAAAGGCCCGCGAAAGAAACGUGCCAUUGUUGUUGGAGGUGGUUUGCUUGGACUGGAAGCUGCAAAAGCACUCUACGAUAUGGAAAGUUUCGAUGAAAUCACUAUUGUGCAUAGAUCAAAGUGGCUAUUAUCUCAGCAAAUGGAUCAGAAAGGUGGUGCACUACUGACCAGUAAGGUCAGAGAUCUGGGUAUAAUUUGCAGAACGGGAACCACUAUUUCAGAACUUCAGUUUGAUCAAGAUCAAAAUUUGACUGGCGUCAAAUAUGACAACGGUGAAGAAGAAGAAUGCUCUUUGUUGUGUUAUACUAUUGGAAUCCAACCAAGAGAUGAUCUGAAAUCAACGGGACUUGAUGUCGGUAGCAGAGGUGGUUUCAAAGUGGAUAAUGUGCUGAAGACAUCGGACGACUCCAUUUAUGCAAUCGGAGAAUGUGCUUCUUGGAACAACAUGACUUUUGGCCUAAUUGCUCCUGGAUAUGAAAUGGCUGACAUUCUAGCUUUUAACUUGACACAAGGGAAGUUUCAUCAGUUCAAAGAGUUUUCCGAACCAAAUAUGGGAACCAGACUAAAACUGAUGGGUGUUGAUGUGGCAUCAUUUGGUGACUUCUUUGCCGAUAGAAAUGGCCCUAAAUGGGUUCCAAGAGGUUACGAGAAGGAGGUCCGUGCAUUAGUGUUUGAAGAUCCUAUUGAUGAAACCUAUGCUAAAUUGCUGUUCACUAAGGAUGGUAAAUAUCUCUUGGGUGGAAUUCUCGUUGGCGAUACUUCUAACUACACCAAGUACUCUUCUAUGGUUCAGAAAAAACUCACCAUGUCUCCGUCAGAGCUCAUCAUUGGAAAACCUGGAGACGACGAUGUCGAGAUGCUCUCUGACGAUACUCAGGUGUGUUCGUGUCAUAAUAUUACCAAAGGAAAGCUUGUGGAAGCUGUUAAAAAUGGUUGCACAAGCUUAGGAGAUCUCAAGAAGUGUACCAAGGCCGGAACUGCGUGUGGAGGAUGCGAACCAACUGUGAAGGUCAUCUUUGAGGCAGAAAUGAAGAAGAUGGGAAACAAGGUGUCGAAUAAUCUCUGUACCCAUUUCCAAUAUUCCAGAGCCGACCUGUUCUCGCUUAUUAUGGUGAAGAAAUUUCAGUCAUUCAAGCAGGUGAUGGAGAACCUUGGUGCCGAUCCGUCAGCAGUUGGAUGCGAAAUUUGUAAGCCAACAGUUGGAUCCAUCCUCUCGACGCUUUACAACAGACACUUGUUGAAGAAAGAGGUUCAUGGUCUUCAAGAUACCAAUGAUAGAUACCUUGGAAACAUUCAACGGAAUGGUACCUUUUCUGUUGUUCCGAGAAUGUCUGCGGGUGAAGUUACCCCAGAGAAACUUGUUUCCAUAGGUCAAAUCGCUCAGAAGUACGACGUUUAUACCAAGAUCACUGGAGCUCAGAGACUUGAUCUAUUUGGAGUCAAGAAGAGUGAUUUGCCCAAGAUUUGGAAAGACCUUAAUGAUGCCGGCUUUGAAAGUGGACAGGCAUAUGGAAAAACUUUGCGUAACGUGAAGUCUUGUGUUGGGUCCACUUGGUGCAGAUAUGGUAUCGGCGAUUCUGUCGGUCUUGCUGUUAGACUUGAGGAACGGUAUAAGGGUAUCAGGUCUCCUCACAAAAUGAAAGGUGGAGUUUCUGGUUGUGUUCGUGAUUGCGCAGAAUUCCACUCGAAGGAUUUCGGACUAUGCGCCGUUCAAGAUGGUUUCAAUAUCUACGUUGGUGGAAAUGGUGGAAUGAAGCCGGCUCAUGCCCAGCUGUUAGCAUCCAACGUUCGUCCGGAUGAAGUCAUACCAAUUUUGGACCGUUACUUGAUGUUCUACAUUACAACUGCUGACAGGCUUCAACGUACUGCAAGAUGGCUUGAAGGGCUUGAUGGUGGCAUUGAAUAUUUAAAGGAUGUCAUUAUCAACGACAAGUUGGGAAUUUGUGACGAGCUGGAAAGUCAGAUGAGAACGCUUGUUGCUGGCUAUUACGAUGAAUGGGCACGAGCAGUCGCCGAGGACUCGGAUAAUCCAAUUUUCAAACAGUUCAUGAAUACUCCGGAGACUCAGGAGACAGUGGAGAUUGUUAGCGAAAGAGGCCAGCCUCGUCCAGCUCACUGGCCAGAGAAGUCAGCAGACAAGGAGUUCAACAAGAUAACAUGGUCAUCCACCCACUGGAAAGAAGUGUGCAACAGUUCUGAUCUUCCUAUUGCUGAAGCAGGCUCUUCUACCACAAUUCUCGAAGGAGACACCCAGCUUGCAUUGUUCAGAACAAGCAACGGCGAGCUCUUCUGCUCUCAAAACAUGUGUGGACACAAGCGCGCUUUUGUCUUGAACCAAGGACUGUUAUCUGAAGAUGAUUCGAAAAACUGUUACAUUUCUUGUCCGAUGCACAAGCGUAAUUAUUACUUGAAGACCGGGGCUUGCAAGAAUGAUGAAUCCUUAUCUAUUGCUACAUUUGAAAUCAAGGAAGAGGAUGGGAAAGUGUUUGCUAAGCUGCCACCGACCGCGGAAUUGGAUGAGGUUCUGGGAACUACAAAGUGGAAGGUGAAGGGCGAAGAGACAGAGAAAGGUAAAGUGAAAAAAAUAUUGGCAUCCAAGAAAUUGGAGACUUCUAAAGUGAUGCUGGAUUGGUAA